AUGGCCGACACUUCAAGCCCCGGUUUUGUGAGCUACCCCAAUACGAGCGGGGGAAGUAAGUCUGAGGCACCCGGACAAGAGCUUCGAGAUUUGAAAACUUCGCGGUUGACGCCCCCGGUUACCACUGCGACUGGCCAGCCCCUGACCCAUUACCAUUCCUUGAUGUACAGCCUCUUGAGCUGGGAGCAACCGCGGGCCACCGCUGCGUCAUUUGCGACCGUUGUCAGCUUCAUACUUGCCGCCCGUUAUCUACCUCUCCUCCGCUGGCUCUUCAAAUUCAUCUAUCUGUCCUUGGGAUUCAUGGCUACUGCGGAAAUUGGUGGUCGAGUUGUUAUGUCGCAAGGUCUCGCCAAGUCGUUCCGCCCCCGCAAGUAUUACACCGUUCCCAAGGAAUAUCUAGAAGCAGUGAUGGAGGACCUUGAGCAGCUUCUCGAUUUUGUCUUGUUAGAAUUCCAGCGCAUUCUGUUCGCGGAGAACAUCGUCCAUACGGUUGCUGCCUUCUUUGCUACUUUCACUGCUUACUGGCUGAUCAAGUUCCUACCCUUCUGGGGAUUGUCCCUUCUCGCUGUUACCAUUGCCUAUAUUGGGCCAUUGGUGUACAUGAACAACCGUGAAGUUAUUGAUGCGCAUAUUGAACAUGCCCAGGGGGUCAUUAAUGCCCAGGCACAUCAAUUGAAGGACCUCGCAGGGGAACGAACUGCCCAUGCGACGGGUAUUGUGAGGCAAUAUGUUGAUGAUUAUAGCGCCAAGGCUCAGGAGUAUAUCGGCCAGCGUCGUUCUGCGUCACCCGAGAUGACCAAGGUUCCUAGCACCGUCAUCAAGAAGGAACCCGAACCCGAGCCCGCAUUUACUCCUUCCGACUUCCCCGAGGCACCCAAGGAUGAGCCAGUGGCGGAAUCCUUUGAACUCCCCCCUCAGCCAGUGGAGAAAGAGCCUCUGUUGACAGCUUAA